AUAUAAAUCUGGCAGUAUUUCACGGUGGAAUUUUCAACUGAUUAACAUGCAUCCCCUAAUUAAAAUACUGUACUCGAGCACCAUAGGAGCGAUUUGGCUCUGGCGAAAGUUUGUAUCCAUUGUUGUAUACAUUGGUUUCAAACCAGCCAAGGCAUAUAUUCAGAAGAUAUUCCGUAAUGCUGGAGUAGAAAUGAAUGGCAAGGCACCGCAUGAUUUGGUGGUUCACAAUGACUGGUUCUACCAUCGAUUUGCAUACGAUGGAACUUUGGGCUUUGCCGAAAGUUAUCUGAACGGAUGGUGGGACUGUAAACAGCUUGACGAGAUGUUUAGCAAACUUUUGAGGGGAGGUGUUUAUCUGAAACUGCCGCCAUGGGAGAAAUUUAUUCAUUACCUCAAUUUCGACGUUUUCAAUCUACAAACUGCAGCUCUUGACAGCGAAACCGCCGAUUUACAUUACAAUCAAGGAAACGAGGUCUUUAAAUCUUUCAUGGAUGCAAACAUGAUCUACACCUGUGGCUAUUGGAAAGACGCCAAAAAUUUGGACGAAGCUCAAAUACACAAAAUGGAUCUCAUCGGCCGAAAGCUUAAGCUCAAGCCGGGAAUGCGAGUUCUGGAUGUGGGAUGUGGCUGGGGUGGACUAUGUAAAUUCCUUGCCGAAAGAUUCGGCGUGCAAAUGACAGGGGUUACUAAUUCUAAGGAGGGAGUCAAAGAGGGUCGUCUUCGUUGUAAAGGCCUAAAUGUGGACAUUCGCUUACAAGACUACCGUCAAAUUAAUGAACAAUUUGAUCGCAUUGUCACAGUUGGCUUUUUUGAGCAUGUUGGACGAAAGAACCAUCGAUCAUUCAUCGAACUUGCACAUCGAUGUCUUUCCGAUGACGGCAUUUUUCUAAUACAAACGAUUGGUCUCGACCAUGAAGGCAGUCCUCCGGUUGAUUUAUUUAUGACCAAGUACUUUUUUCCCAGUUUCCAGCUGCCGGAUCAUAAAAAUAUACCGAAAGCUAUCGAUAACUUAUUUUGCAUUGAGGACUGGCAAAAUUUCGGACCAGAUUAUGACAGGACAUUAAUGGCCUGGCAUGAUAAUUUUGUCAAAAACUGGCACACCAUCAGCCAUAAAUUCGAAAAUCCAGAUUUCAUUUACCGCAUGUGGAAAUAUUUGUUUUGUCUAUGUGCAGGCGCUUUCCGGGCGCGUAGAGCACAACUAUGGCAAAUCGUAUUGACGAAAGGACUUAAAGGUGGAUACGUUUCCGUGCGUUAAGGUCAUAGAGUUAUACUGGAGAGGUUGCAUGGUGGCGCUGUCCAUCAAAGAAAACUAAACAAACAUAUGGGAAACCAGACAUGUUAAAAUAAUGACAGCGCCACCUUGACAUCUCUCGAGUGCAACUCUACGGUUAAGGUUAUGUUUCUAUGGAUGAAGUUUGCUGUUUCGUAUUGCCUUUUUGGAAGGAGUAUUCCAACAUAUGUGGCUCCGAAGUUUUCUGAAAUGU